CCCGAAGCCAGGGAAUCGAGGGGCCAUUAGACUUUUUGCAGGUGGUGUUGGGGGCCUCGGCACGAUACUGCCCAACGCGCGCCUCGCCAAAGGUGUAUAUAGCUCGUAGACCCAGCUGCCUCUGGAACGAAUUCUGGAAUCAUCAUCUCCAUCCAUCUGCACUUCACAACAUCAAGCAUUUGUCCUCUUUUUCUCAGAAGCAUCAGGCAAGCGUACUCAUUAGCUCGUCCUCACGACUACCUACAAACUCGAUCCACCGCACACUACACAUACCAGCAACCUCAAACACGCCAUACACAUCAAACAAAAUGGGUUCAGUAGCUACCUCCAACCCGGCCGAGAGCCGCCUCUUCAAGCCCAUCAAGAUCGGCAACGCCCAGCUUGCCCACCGCGUCGUCCUCGCCCCGCUCACCCGCAACCGCAACCAGGAUGACCACACGCCCACCGUCGAGCUCAUGAAGCAGUACUACGCGGACCGCGGAUCCGUCCCCGGCACGCUCGUCAUCUCCGAGGCCACCUCCAUCUCGCACGAAGAGGAGGGCCAGGAGAACGUCCCCGGCUUCGUCAGUGACAAGCAGGUCGCUGCGUGGAAGGAGAUCAUCGACGCCGUACACAGCAACGGCUCCAUCUGGUUCCAGCAGAUCUGGGGCCUCGGCCGCGCAUCCGCCCCCGACUUCCUCACCAAGAAGGGCUUCAAGUACCGCUCCGCCAGCGCGGUCCCCAUGCGGGGCUCCGACGUGACCCCUGCCGAGAUGACCGAGGCCGAGAUCCAGGAUACCAUCCAGGCCUUUGUUGACACGGCCAAGCGUGUCGUGUCUGCAGGCGGUGAUGGCGUCGAGCUCCACGGCGCCCACGGCUACCUGCUCGACCAGUUCCUCUCCGACGCCGUCAACAAGCGUACCGACAAGUGGGGCGGUUCCGUAGAGAACCGCGCCCGGCUGACUAUUGAAGUCGUCAAGGCCGUGUCCGCCGCCGUCGGCCCGGAGCGCGUGGCCCUGCGGCUCUCCCCGUACGCCACUUUCCAGGGCGCGACCAAUUCCGACAUUGAGGCGCAAUACUCGUACCUGAUUCGCGAGCUCAAGAAGCUGGACCUGCCCCUCGCCUACAUCUCGCUUGUCGAGCCCCGGGGCGACCCAGUCGCGGUUGUGAUGGGCACGGAGGCGGCGCACAAGGAGAAGACGCUCGACUUCAUCCUCGACAUUUGGAACAACCAGUCCCCGGUGCUUGUGGCUGGUGCGUACGAGCCGGAGACUGCCCUGCAGGCCGUCGAUGGCCACUACAGCAAGUGGAAUGUGCUUGUCGUCUUUGGUCGGCACUUCCUGGCCAACCCAGACCUGCCGUUCCGCAUCCGGCAUGGAAUCGCGCUCAACAAGUACAACCGCGACACAUUUUACAUCAAGAAGUCCAACACUGGUUACAACGACUAUCCCUUCAGCGAGGAGUUCAAAUCUGCACAGAGUAAGAGCGUGUCUGCCUGAUUUGGCACGGCACAGACAGAGGACUGA